AUGGCUCCAGCUUCUAAUGAAGAACAAUUCAAGUUCCUUAUUAGUUGUAUUCGUCAAGUAGCCAAAGAAUGCAACAUUGUUACCAAAGGCGCCGCCGCAAAACGCUACGAACGCAUGAUGCGCUCCCACGGCAUCGCCCCAAACGCAGCAUCCAUCAAGCCAGCUCCUAGCUCAUCGUCCAGCUCAUCAGCCCCUUCCUCCACCUCCCGGAAUAAAUCCAGCGCUAGCAAGAAACGCAAGUUUGCUCCCGAGGAAGAGAAUAUCGAUGAUGAUGAGGAAGAACCCUCCAAUCAAAAAACGAGCAAGAGUCGAGUUAAGAGAGAAGUUAAGCGCGAGAUGGGUGCUCGUGUUAAUGAUAAUCUUGGGAUUGUGAAGGAGGAGGGAUAUCGUGAGGAUUCGCCUAGUGCGCAGUUACAGGAAGGAUUGCAGAAGGGUCUUGGUGCGGGAUUGUGUGAUAUUAAUAGGGAGUUGGUAGGUUAUUAUAGUGGGGGUAGUAGUAGUGCGGGUGGAAGUGUUAAUGGGGAUGUACAAGGAGGUGAGUUUGGUGAGGUGGAUGCGUAUGCUGGUGAUAUGGGUACUGGUGGUAUGAAUGCGGGCGGUAUGAAUGCGAGCGGUAUGAAUGCGAGCGGUAUGAAUACUUGUAGGCAGCGGCAGAGUGGUUUUGACUUUCAUGUGGGUGGAUAUGGGGGAAUGAUGGGUGCUCAGGGUAUGAGGGGAAAUGGAAAUCGAAUUGGUGGUCACUGUGAACAGGACAUGAUGACUUCGACGCCAAAAAGUCGUGCUGCUACCUCGGGUGGAAUGGGUAUGGAUGCGCAAGAAUACAAGUCUUUGGGAAAAGGUUACGAUAAUCAAGGCGGAUCGGAUAGUCCCUUGUUAGUUGAAUAG